CUUGUGGCCGCUGCCGGAAAGGGGGAGGAUCGAGCCGGCGGCUGCGACGCCGGCCUGCGCUAAGCCUCUCGCCCGCCCUUGCCUCUUACCGCAUGGUGCCGGCUUCUCGCUAAGCUGGGGCGGCGAGGCGAGAGGGAGGCACUGCCGGGGCGGCUCGGAGUCGAGGCUUCCCGUCGCCCGCACUUCCUCCUGUGGCGCCCGUGCGUGGCCGCCUCGGCCAGCGGGAUGGCGGCGGCGGCGGCCCGGGGGAGUGGCCGCGCAUCGGCGCCCCGGCUGCUUCUGCUUCUGCUGCUAGCGCUGCUGUGGGCCCCGGCCGGCGUCCGCGCUGUCCCGGACGAAGACCUUAGCCUUCGGAACAAGGAACCGCCGGCGCCCGCCCAGCAGCUGCAGCCGCAGCCGGCGGCCGUGCAGGGCCCCGAGCCUGCCCGGGCCGAGAAAGGAUUUACACCAGCUGCCCCGGUUCAUUCCAAUAAAGAAGAUCCAGCUACCCAGACAAAUUUGGGAUUUAUCCAUGCAUUUGUCGCUGCCAUAUCAGUUAUCAUUGUAUCUGAGCUGGGUGAUAAGACAUUUUUCAUAGCCGCCAUCAUGGCCAUGCGCUAUAACCGUCUGACGGUGUUGGCUGGGGCCAUGCUUGCCCUGGGCCUGAUGACGUGCUUAUCAGUUUUGUUUGGCUAUGCCACCACAGUCAUCCCCAGGGUGUAUACGUACUAUGUUUCCACUGCAUUAUUUGCCAUUUUUGGCAUUAGAAUGCUUCGAGAAGGCUUAAAGAUGAGUCCAGAUGAGGGUCAAGAGGAACUGGAAGAAGUUCAAGCAGAAUUAAAGAAAAAGGAUGAAGAAUUUCAACGAACUAAACUCUUAAAUGGACCAGGAGAUGUCGAAACGGGUGCAAGCACGACAAUACCCCAGAAGAGAUGGCUGCAUUUUAUCUCCCCCAUCUUCGUUCAGGCUCUCACACUGACAUUCUUAGCCGAAUGGGGUGAUCGCUCCCAACUAACUACGAUUGUUCUGGCAGCUAGAGAGGACCCGUACGGCGUAGCAGUGGGUGGGACAGUGGGCCACUGCUUAUGCACCGGACUAGCAGUCAUCGGAGGAAGAAUGAUAGCCCAAAAAAUCUCUGUCAGAACUGUGACGAUCAUAGGAGGCAUCGUAUUUCUGGCGUUUGCAUUUUCUGCACUGUUUAUAAGUCCCGAUUCUGGUUUUUAACAAGCCGUUUUUUAAUUUGUAUUUAGUUUAAGAUAGGUAACUCUUGUCUUUAUGUACAUAGUGUGCAUUAUAACUAAAAGUGACGGAGAAGACAUAUUUUGUAGCGUUGAUUUGCCAGUUUGACCCAUUUAAAGAAAGUAUAAUGUCCAAAAGAAAUAAUCAUUGCUUCUGUUUGCAACAUGGAUUUUUAAAAGAAACCAGGUAUCUAAGUGUGGAUUUUUCUUUUCUCCAGCACAAUUAUGUUGAUAUGGUCACCUUUCUUUUAGUUAUUUGUGGGAGAGGGCAUACAUAGAACCAUUGUGCGAUGGGGUCUAUCCUUGAUUUUCUUUUCGUACUGACCCCUUUAUGAGGAAUAUACAUUUUAUCCUGGAUCACUGAGCUGUUUUUAAGAUAACUGCCUUAACAUUUUUCUUGAGGGAGGAAUGAAUUGAUUUUUAUCUUUUAAAAUAUUUCCUUAAGCCAGUAAGCAGUUUAAUCACAAGUCUUUUAAAAAUCAGUUUUCUUUUAAAGAGGAACAUAUUACUGUUAUAACAUGGCAAGAAUUGUUUGCCAGGUUCAUUUCCCCCCCCCCCACCCUUUUUUUUAAUUGGGUAGGAAACCCAAUAUAAAAACAGUCAAUAUUUGACAACGUGGAGUUACUAAAUUAAAAGAGAAUACUGAGUGUAUUCGUAUUUUUUCUAUAUUGAAUAAACAAUGUAACAUAGAUACGAUGUAAAUAAAAGUGGUAUGACCAGA